AUGUCGACAGAAGAAGAAACACAAGCGGAUGAUGAGUCGUUUGGGUCAAUUACUCCAGAAUUCAUAGCUCAUCUAAAUUCAGAAUUGGGAACGCCUUUUCUCAGAAACCGGAGUACUCCGAACAAAUCUUUUUUGAGGAGAAUCGGAGGAAAGAGAACUCGAGAAGAUGUCACCAGCCGAUCGAGAACUGAAAUCAUAAACUGGGUUCUGGAAAGUGCUGAACUUAUUAAAGUUUGCAUCUGUCCAUAUUGCCUAAAAAUUCAUUCAAGACGAGACAACACACGAGUACAUAUCAAAAAGGAUCAUAAAGGUUGGGAAGUUCGGGAGUUCAUUGAAGGCGUCGACGCAAAUUUAGAUCAUGUUCGACGGGUUAAUGAAAUUGGAAAAUUUACAGUACCUCCCCCCCCCCCCCCCCCCCCACCCCAAUGGGAAUGCAAUAUUUUUCCUUUUGUAUUUAUGCAAAUUUCAACAAAAAAAUUCACAGAGAAGAAGGUUUUUUUUAAAGAAAAUUCAAGAAAAGUGAUUGAUGGGGAACUGAAGAGAAUUUUAGAAAAGGGAUAG